AUGGAAGCCGCCAAACCGGCGCCCAAGCGCCGGAAAACCAAAGCCAAUCGGUUGACAGAAGCGUUGGAAGCCGAUGCAGACAAGGAUGAAGAAGCCGAGCCCAGAGGAGUCGUAUAUUUGGGUUCUCUUCCCAACGGUUUUUUUGAGCCGCAGAUGAAGACGUACUUCUCCCAAUUCGGGGAGGUCACCCGCUUUCGGCUCUCUCGCUCGCCAAAAACUGGCGGGUCCAAGGGCUUCGGCUUCAUUGAGUUUAGACAGGAGAGCGUUGCAAAGAUCGUGGCGCAAACCAUGAACAAGUAUCUUCUUGGUGACAGGUCUCUGGUGUGCAAGUUCAAGCCCAAGGACGAGUGUCACCCGAAGAUGUUCAAGGGCUGGCGAAGGAAGCCUUUUGACCCAAGACCUCGCCGACGAGAAAAGCAGAUGCUUUCCGUAAAUGAUCGACCCACAGUCGAGGUCGAUGGUCAAGCUGUGCCACAGCUCACAGAGCUCCAGGUGAAGCACCAUGAGAGGCGCAGGAAGAAACUCAAGGGAAAGCUUCGGCAGUUGGAAAUCGACUAUGACGUCGAUGAGAUCUUGAAUGGAGGUGGGACUGCAGAUAAUGAAGCCGAGGCAGAGGAGCCUGAAGCUCAAGAACAGAAGCAGCCCAAAAAGAAGAAGAGGCGUUUUGUCCCUUAG